AUGUUUGCGGAUGAAAUUAAGCUCUGGAGCGUCAUUCGAACUGCAGAUGACGAAGAGCAUCUGCAGGCGAACCUAAACCGACUCCAACAGUGGUCAAAGGCCUGGCUUCUGCCGUUCAACGAGAAAAAGUGCAAUAUUCUACGAGUCGGCAGAGCUCGCUCUCCGAACCAUAUGGCCUACUGCCUAAAUGGUAUACCACUGCAAGAAGUGGACUCGCAGAAGGACUUGGGAGUAUGGAUUACGACCUCGCUCAAACCCUCGCUGCACUGCACAAAGAUAGCCAAGUCUGCAAUGUCAGUCCUCUACCUUGUCAAGCGGGCUUUCUCUGCCUUUGAUGAAGACUGCUUCGCUAAAGUCUUUCGAACUUUUGUGCGUCCGCAACUAGAAUUUGCUAUCCAAGCUUGGAGAUCCUGGACCGCGAAGGACCUCAGCAUCCUUGAAAGGGUUCAAAGGCGUGCAACGAAACUUGUGGCAGGACAGGGUUCACUACCAUAUGCAACGCGGUUAGCUAACCUUGAUCUCUUUCCCUUGAGUUACAGGCAGUUACGGGGUGACCUGAUACAAGCCCUCCGUAUCAUACGCGGUCAGGACUGCAGCCUCGUACCGGGGGACUUCUUCGAGUUAGCAACCACCACAAAUCUACGAGGCCAUCCAUUCAAACUACGUGUGACAGGGGCCAGACUGGACACACGAAAGUUCUUCUUCUCCAACAGAGUGCUAGAAGCCUGGAAUGCCCUGCCUGUGGAUGUCGUUAUGUCUGCUUCCGUCGAGGUCUUUAAGAGGAAGCUGGAUUUGUGUAGCAGUGUCCACUAA